UGAAAGCCCCACAAAAAAGUCAAUGACUCCCCUCCGGCGUCGGACUCAGCAACCAAAAAGUGGUAAACACCACAUCUUAAAGAGCCACGCAUCCUCAUUACUCCUCAGUACAUCAGGAGAUAAGUCACCAACAAAAUGGCCCCCUUCAACCUCGAAAGCUGUGCCAGGCCAAACAUCUUGGCCCUCCAGCCAUAUCGCUGCGCGCGAGACGACUACAAGGAUGACGGCACCAAUAUCCUUCUCGACGCAAAUGAGAACGCGUACGGCCCUUCUCUGAGUGCGGACGUCGCAGGGAAGACUGCCAAUGGUGUGGAGGUCGACUUGCUGGGCCUGCACCGUUAUCCUGAUCCUCACCAGGAGCCGUUGAAGCAGCAGCUCUGCGAGCUGCGAAACACCCACGCCCAUACAGAUAAGACGCUCAAGCCUGAGAAUUUGUUUGUGGGUGUUGGUAGUGAUGAGGCUAUCGAUGCCCUGCUGCGAUGCUUCUGCGUUCCUGGAAAGGACCGCAUCCUUACAUGCCCGCCUACGUAUGGCAUGUAUUCCGUGUCUGCACAGGUCAACGAUGUAGCUCUCGUCAAAGUUCCCCUUUUAGAAGCCCCCACCUUCAGCAUAGACGUUCCAGCUGUCAUGGAAGCCCUGACAAAAGAGUCUAACAUCAAACUUGUCUACCUUUGCUCGCCUGGAAACCCCACUGGUUCAGUCCUUGCAAAGUCCGACGUUCAGCAGAUUCUAGAUCACCCGACAUGGAACGGCGUUGUCGUUCUCGACGAAGCAUAUAUCGACUUUGCCCCCGAAGAUGCUUCUCUGGCUGAAUGGGUGACCGAGUUUCCUAACCUGGUCGUUAUGCAAACCCUCUCCAAAGCCUUUGGUAUGGCUGGCAUCCGACUCGGUGCUGCAUUCACAUCGCCCCCGAUUGCACGACUUCUCAACAGUCUCAAGGCCCCUUACAACAUCUCCAGCCCUACAAGUGCCCUUGCGUCCUACGCUGUCUCCGAGAAGGGACUCGCUAUUAUGCGAGACCAUCGUGCACGCCUCCUAGAGCAGCGUGAUCGUCUUAUCAAGGAACUUCCCAACAUUCCCGGUGUCGGCCGUCUACGAGGUGGCACUGAAAGCAACUUUUUGCUUUACGAAAUGCUUAACACUGCAAGCGAGCCGGAUAACACUGUCGCGUUGGCCGUAUAUGAGAAGCUUGCUGAGGGUAAGGGUGUUGUUGUGCGAUUCAGAGGCAAAGAGCACGGAUGCCAAGGAUGCCUACGAAUUACAGUCGGCACGGACGCCGAGGUGACAAGAUUUCUGGAGUCACUAAAGACGACGUUGGCUGAGGUGAGAGGCUCAUAAACUGGAGCACCAAAUAGGAAAAGGACGAUAAAACGAUGGCGUUCUACGUUAAAUCCAGACCUUCUAGACGUAAUCUCGUGGAAUUAAUAAAAGCAACGCUCAGAGUACGAGCGUUUUAUACCGAAGUAGUCUCUCAGACCGGUUAUCCAAAUACCCGACGCCAGUUCCAUUCUAUAUCUAUAAGAUCUAAUAAAAAUCCAACACCAUUUUUAGGCCCAUCCCAAGAACAUCAGGACACUUCCAAUACUGACAGAAGCCAGGACGAGAUCCACUCGGGGGAGACUGGCAGCAUCCUCACUCUUGGUAGGCUGAGCUGCAGUUGCUGAUGAUGUCUCUGAUGAGGAUGUUGGUGUACUCUGAAUUUUGGACUCAUUCUUUUUCAUGGCAGCCCAGUCUGUGCUGCGGACAACCUUGACAUCAUCGCCCUUGAGCGGCGCAGGAGCAUCACUUAGCAGCAGGCCCUGAACAGCUUCAAGAGCAC